UGACAAGAAAUUACAACUUUUUCCUUAAUCGGCGAGAUCCUUCUUUCUCACGUUGCCCGGUGAGCACUCUCAAAGUCUCAGUGGCAGCGAGCGACAGAGUGAUUAUUUGUAGAAAGUAACAAACUGUACGGCUCCCUACCUCACACACUCUCUCGUAUACAACAAACACGCAAUCGCAAAUCGCGGAAACGUUAGUCUUGUUGGAGAGUCGAUGGAGGAGACAAGGAAGCGGCAGGCGGAGGAAGACCUAGCCAGUACUGAAUCGUCGCCGAGGAAAUGCCGAAGUGUUUGUCCGUCUGAAGGGAAGUCGGAGAGUAACGGGGAGGUCGGAGAGGACAUCAUCUCUUGGUUAUCCAUAGACGAUGAAACGGCAAGUGAACUAUUGAAGCUUCUGGACCCCAACUCGGAAACCUGCGGUGCAGCAGCGACGACUAGGGUUAGGUUCAUCUACAACCCGUACUCAAGGCCGUUGAUCUUCCAGUCUUCGUCGUCCUACGUCACCAUUAACAGCAACGAAGAGAGCUGCGGCUCCUCGUUCUCACACUCCGAAUCCUCGAUGAUGGCGAGUGUAGACGCGCGUGGUAUCAACAUUUCCCGCCAUCUACUGAGUGAUGAAGGAAAGGCGGUGCGAUUGGGGAGUCAAGUAGAGGAUAUUGGCGGCGGGUUGGAGUGGAAUGAGGAGGAGGCGCGUGGGUGGGAAGCGGUUGAGGGCUACGAUGGGAUUGACUGGAAUGAUGAUAUGCUAGCAAGGUUUCUGGGUGAGUAGUCCUUUUAUUUUAACGUUAAUUCUUUUUUUUUUCUUUUUAGGGUUUUAGGAUAAAAAGUAGUUUUCUACACCUGUUAAUAGAAACACAGUAAAGGAAUAUAAGAGUUUUCUCCCCGAAUCAUCCACUGUUCCAUUAACUGUGGUUUGAUCUCGAAUCAUCAAAUUCACAAGAUAAGAAAAUUAAGUCAAUAAAAGAAGAAGUAGAAGAAGAAAAGUGUCCUUUGCUGGUAAAAUUCUCAUUCCUAAUAAUAGAAGAUUUGAACA